AUGUUGACCUGGACAAACCAUAGGGUUACUGGGUCACUGAUGAAUGAACGCAGAAGCAAAUCAGAACGCUCUCUGCAGUCGGCGGGUGAGAGAUUUUUCUAUACUACAUUCGAAGCUUUCUUUUUAAAAGUAAAACAUGGGUUCGAGAAGGAGGCUGCUGAGAUGAACAAGAGGUCAUUCAAGUAUGCCUGGGUGCUCGACAAGCUCAAGGCUGAGCGUGAACGUGGUAUUACCAUUGAUAUUGCCUUGUGGAAAUUCGAGACCACCAAAUAUUACUGCACAGUUAUCGAUGCUCCAGGACAUCGUGACUUUAUCAAGAACAUGAUUACUGGUACUUCACAGGCCGACUGUGCUGUCCUUAUCAUUGACUCUACCACUGGUGGUUUCGAAGCUGGUAUUUCCAAGGAUGGUCAGACCCGUGAGCAUGCGUUGCUUGCCUUCACCCUUGGUGUCAAGCAAAUGAUUUGCUGCUGCAACAAGAUGGAUGCCACUACACCUAAAUACUCAAAGUCUAGGUAUGAUGAAAUUGUGAAGGAAGUGUCAUCCUACAUCAAGAAGGUCGGAUACAACCCUGACAAGAUCCCAUUUGUCCCCAUCUCUGGUUUUGAGGGUGACAACAUGAUUGAGAGGUCCACCAACCUUGAUUGGUACAAGGGCCCAACCCUCCUCGAUGCUCUUGACCAGAUUCAGGAGCCCAAGAGACCCUCAGACAAGCCUCUCCGUCUCCCACUGCAGGAUGUCUACAAGAUUGGUGGUAUUGGAACUGUCCCCGUUGGCCGUGUUGAGACUGGUGUUAUCAAGCCUGGCAUGGUUGUCACCUUCGGCCCAACUGGUUUGACAACUGAAGUCAAGUCUGUUGAGAUGCACCAUGAGGCCCUCCAGGAGGCUCUCCCUGGUGACAAUGUUGGGUUCAACGUCAAGAAUGUUGCAGUGAAGGAUCUCAAGCGUGGUUAUGUUGCCUCCAACUCCAAGGAUGACCCUGCCAAGGGUGCUGCCAGCUUCACUUCCCAGGUCAUCAUCAUGAACCACCCUGGUCAGAUCGGAAAUGGAUAUGCCCCAGUGCUCGACUGCCACACAUCCCACAUUGCUGUUAAGUUUGCUGAGCUCCAGACCAAGAUCGACAGGCGUUCUGGUAAGGAGCUGGAGAAGGAGCCCAAAUUCUUGAAGAACGGUGAUGCUGGUCUUGUUAAGAUGAUUCCCACCAAGCCCAUGGUUGUGGAGACUUUUGCGGAGUAUCCACCUCUUGGUCGUUUUGCCGUGAGGGAUAUGCGCCAGACAGUUGCAGUUGGUGUGAUCAAGAGCGUGGAUAAGAAGGAUCCAACCGGUGCAAAGGUCACCAAAGCUGCGGCUAAGAAGGGUGCCAAGUGA